AUGGCCGUGACAGUUGAGCCUUCUGAUACCAUAGAAAAUGUAAAAGCUAAAAUCCAGGAUAAGGAAGGCAUUCCUCCUGAUCAGCAGCGACUGAUUUUUGCUGGUAAGCAGCUAGAAGAUGGGCGCACGCUGUCUGACUACAAUAUUCAAAAAGAAUCAACUCUUCACCUUGUGCUGAGACUUCGUGGUGGUGCCAAGAAAAGAAAGAAGAAGUCUUACACUACUCCCAAGAAGAACAAGCAUAAGAGAAAGAAGGUUAAGCUUGCAGUGCUGAAGUACUACAAGGUGGAUGAGAAUGGCAAGAUCAGUCGUCUGCGCCGGGAGUGCCCCUCUGAAGAGUGUGGAGCUGGAGUCUUCAUGGCUAGUCACUUCGACAGACACUAUUGUGGCAAGUGCUGUCUGACAUACUGCUUCAAUAAACCAGAAGACAAGUAAAUGUACUAGACAAUAAAAAUCUGAAGUUCUGUACGGUUUAAGGAU